AUGAGUCCUCCAACCGUGAAGACCGACAAUGACAAUGACAAUGACAAUGACAAACCACUCAUCUCACCCUUGAUCAUCAGUCCGGAGUCAAUAGCCAAGCAAGAGCCCGAGUCCUUCCCCGAAGUUGACCUUGACCUUGAAGUUGAACCAAGCCUAGGUCUGGGCGUCGACGGCGGCCGCGGCCAAGUCACCUGGAAAACACUCAUCUCGGCGCCGCAGACCAGGACCGACUCCCUCACGGCCGGGAUCGCGACGUGUCCACCGAGAACAGGCCAUCUGUGCCCCCAUCGCCACCGACAGGCAGAGAUCUACCAUGUCACCCAAGGGCACGGCGUCGUCGAGAUCGACGGCGUCGAGUCGGCCGUGCAGGCCGGGACGGUGGUGUAUAUUCCCGGCAACGCGAAACAUGGGAUCCGCAACACCGACCCUGAGCGGGAGUUGACGUGGUUUUAUGUCUUUGCUGCGGAUGGGUUUGGGGAGAUUCAGUAUCGGUUUUAG